AGCGCGAAGCCAAUAUCUGCACUGCGAGCAAAUCCUUUGACUGCCUUUUCUACAUGAACCCCGACAGCGCUCUCCUGCUUCAAACCGUGCUGGGCGAGCGAGGCUGCGUCGAUGCGACGCUGCAGGACACCGCUGCGACCGUGCCAUUUGUGUACCGCGUGUUGGCGGAGCAGAGCGUGUACGUUGUUUACGCCGUCUCCGUCAUGAAGGCCCUCCUGCAUGAGAAGGACGCCGCCUUUGCCCACCUGGCGCGCUGGCAGGCUCAGCGCUCCGCUCCCUCGACUACGACCACAACGGCCUCCCCACCACUCACACGAUCUUCACGCCCCAACAGCACACCGACUCCCGCAGAGAAGACGUUGCUCGGCGUCCCGGCUGACCUCCCCGCUGUCGCGCCUUCCGAUUCCCUUGACCUUUUCGUCACCAUCAUCGGCGGUGGCACCUGCUGUGAGCUGCUCCUCCGUCUCCUCUGCGAAAAUAACACCGACAACAGCAGCAGCAGCGGUGCGCUGGCGCAUCGCCUUGUCCAUCCCUCGCACCUCUCCGUCGUAACACGGCAGCCGGAGCGACUGGCACGACACGCCCAGCGCGGCGUCCACUGCCUCAAGCGCCGCCACGGCCGCACGGCGGUGAUGCGCAGCGACGUCGUGCUGCUGACAUGUCCGCCGGCGCUCUUCCGCGAGGUUGCCAACGACGUGAACACGCCGCAAUCCGUGCCUGCCGCAGCGGCGGGCGCGAUGGGAGCGGAGCGGCCCACAGAGGCGACCAACACGCCAAAAGCGAGUCCUGCACCGGCAUCCAAUGAUAGCGCGGCGUCGCCGUCGUCAGUUCUGCAGCCAACGGCGGUGUUGGUGUCGUGCAUGGCCGGAGUGCCCGUCCGCAAGGUGGCCAUCGCCUUCCAUCGCACACCGGAGCUGACGCUGACGAUGCGUGUUGCUCCGCACGACGGUGUCCUGGAUGACGCGGACGCCGCCGCAGCAGCAGCGAUGGAGGAGGACGAAGAAAACGGCGACGGCGGCGCGUCAGCUUAUGGUUGCACGCCGCCGUCGCUUCAGCAGGUGGCCCGGCUCUAUCAGGACGCGUCUGGGCAGUACAAGGAGGCCCGCAUCGCUGAUAUGCGGUGCAACAUCUCCUUCUUGCGGCCCGCCGUGCUGCAGCAGCAGCAACUCUUGGCCAAGCAAGCCGCACGGACGACGUCCCACGCCGCACGCACCGUGCGAUUUGCCGGCCAGGGCGUGUGGGGCGCGGCGGACGCGCCGGGGCACGGUACGCACAACCCGCCGCGUAGUGCGGUGGGCCCGUCAUCGGUGCUGUCCCGCCUCGCCGCCCCACGUCUGACGGACUUCACCGCAGGACAUCACGCGGCGACGGCGCCCUCCCUCGCCACCUUCCUCGACCUCUGGCGGCGGCUGCAGUCGUACGUGCGGGCCACCUUUGCCGAGGCCUUGCAGAAGGCUCGCUCGCACGGGCACGGCGCGAAGACGGCCAGCAGCGGCCUUAUCAGCGUGGUGCUACCAGAAAACGCGUACGCAUCCCCACGUGCGGCGGGUGAGGUGGAAGCGGAGCUGCUGCCGGCGCUGACGCUGCUGCCGGCGUCCAAGACGGUGCUGGUGUGGGAGGCGUGGUGGGGGAGUGGCAUCGACGGCGGCGACCGGGGAGGGUCUGCCGCUGCCUCCUCCGCGACGGACGCGCAACGAGGCGACGACGACGUCGACGACGCCCGCACGACGCGUAGCUCGACGCUCUCUCCUCAGGUGACGGCCGUGACGGGUGCGUGGCUCCGCAGCGUCUACGCCUCCGAUGCCGCGCUUAUGGCAGACUUGGAGCUGCAGUAUCAACGGGUGCUGGAGGGGCCGCCGCCGUGCAUUUACUGA